AUGGGUGAUUUUGAUCUUGAUGAGAUCUUAGCCACAAUUUGCCGUGGUGAGGCACUUGAUGAAGAAGUACUUGUUAAAUUGCUUAUGAAACUUAUGGAAGUUCUUUCCUGUGAAAGCAACUUAAUCGAAAUUUCUUCUCCGAUUACAAUAUGUGGCGAUGUACACGGCCAGCUUUAUGAUGUAUUCGAAUUGUUUAAAGCUGGUGGUGACCCCGCUACUACCAAAUAUCUCUUUAUGGGAGAUUAUGUAGACCGUGGAUACUAUUCCGUUCUUACAUUUUCAUACUUAGCUGCUCUUAAGCUCCGCUAUCCAGGAAAUGUCUACCUUCUUCGUGGUAACCACGAGUGCCGCCAAGUUAACCAAAUGUACGGUUUCUACGCCGAAUGUGUUCAAACAUAUGGCCACAUCGGAGUUUGGAACUUAUGCAACGAAGUAUUUGACCUUCUUCCAUACUGCGCCCUUAUCGAUGGUGAAAUCUUCUCAACACAUGGUGGUCUUUCUCCACAGAUCCCUCUCAUCGACAAAAUCAACUCUAUAUACCGUGUUGAAGAUGUACCAGCUACAGGACCAUUUGCAGACCUUACAUGGAGUGAUCCAGACGACUGCUGCUGGAGUCCAAAUCCAAGAGGCGCUGGACACUUAUUUGGCGAAAGACCAACACGCGAAUUUUGUCACCUCAAUGGCCUUCGCUUCGUAACACGUUCCCACCAGCUUGUUAUGCAGGGUUACGAAUGGUAUUUCAAUAAACUCCUUGUCAACGUUUGGUCUGCUCCGAACUACAUGUAUCGUAGUGGCAACCAAGCCAGUGUUAUGAAAUACGCUGGAAAUGGCGAAAACGAAUUAGUAAUUUUCGGUCCAUGCCCUACUUCAGAGGCAAAGGUCCCAGCGGAACUUCCAACAUCUUCAUAUUUCUUGUGA